AUGAGCAGCCAAUCAUCACCAGAAGCCACCACACACUCGACCACCUUUACACCACUCAGACAAUACAACUCCGAGACUGGAAGAAUACCCACACUCUACUCUACUUUCCAUAAGGAAGAGAUUCAAAGGACGGUUGAGGAAAAACAACGAUUAGGACAAUUGCCAAAAUCCGUACCAAAGCCUCUGAAUCCUAUUCAGAAACUGCUCUCCUACGUUCCUCCAAUCAAGUAUAGAUUCGGAAGAGAAUUCUUUAAAUUUGCAUGGUAUCUCAUGUAUCCCUUCGGAGUGGUGUUUGUUAUUUCACAACCAGCCAUCAAAGAAUGGAUUGUGUCGAAAAUGCCUGAAACAAAGAGCUACAUGGAUGAAUGGGAAGCGAAUCGAUCGGAGGAAGAAGUUCACUUGGCAGAAGAUAUGAAACAAAACGAACUAGGAAAUGCCAAUCACUACAAUUUGUAUUGGCAAGAAAAAGCAAAGAACGACGAAAGAGUGAAAAAGUUUUUGGAAAUGCAACGCGGCAAAGUAGAGGAGGAUAUGAAAAGCAAACGAGUGAACGAAUAA